AUGUUUGAAAGUGGGGACUUUCGUGAAAAAAGGUAUAUACUUGCUGUAGAUGUUGGAACAACGACAAUUAAGAUAUGUUUAUACGAUUCGCAGUGUCGACUGGUUAGCUACAGGACUGAAUCGAUAGAUGUUCAAAUUAAAGGUGACUGUGAAAGUGGCAUUCUGUGUGAAACAGGACGAGAGGCUCGGGAAAUAGCUGGAAUGGGAAUUAGCUGUCAGAGAAACACAUUUAUAUCUUGGGAUAAAGAGGAAUGUAAAAAGUGGAAUACAUCAUGGUCUUUGAAAAUAUUAAAUUUUAUCGGCUAUGCAUUGCACAAAAUGACACGGUCUUCAAGAUAUAUGGCAGCUCGAAUAUUUUCAUUUUUAAAUGCUAUGGUUACUCUUCGCUUUUUGGUAACUCUAGUUGAAAAUAAAAGAAUGCAAGAGUUACUCCAUCAAGGUAAGCUUGCCUUUGGUUGCCUUGAUACGUGGCUGAUAUAUAAAUUCACUUGCUGUUCUGGUAUUAUUAGUGAACCUUCGAAUGCAAGCAGUACUGGCUUGUUUGAUCCUUAUACGAUGAACUGGGGUUACAGAUUGUUGCAGUUUAUUUCAUUUCCUACAUCAGUUCUCCCACGCUUAUCAUUUUCCGCUGGAGUGCCAUUGGGGGUUGCCGAUAAAAAAUUAUUUGGUUUUCCGAUUACUGUCGCUGCUGCUGCGGGUGAUCAACAAAGUGCUCUAUUUGCUUCUGGUUGUUGGAUGAAAGGAGAUGUUUUGAUUUCUCUUGGUACAGGAUCUUUUCUUGAUAUCAGUACUGGUGCAUUGCCUCAUUCUUCACUGAAUGGUUUAUAUCCUUUGGUUGGAUGGAAAUUUCCAAAUUGGCUUAAUUUCGCAGCCGAAGGGUGUGCUCAAAACACGGUGACAGUUCUGGAAUGGGCUAAAUCUGUUGGUUUAUUCCAAGAUGUUGAAGUUACUUCAAAGAUUGCUGAAAAUUGCUGUACUUCCGGUUUGUAUUUUAUUCCCGCAUUUUUUGGUAUUCAAACUCCAGUAAACGACGACACUGCUUGCUGUGGGUUAUUGGGAAUUCGUCCAGAUACUACCAAAGAGCAAAUGGUGCGUGCAGUUCUAGAGUCUAUUGCAUUUCGAGUUUAUCAGAUAUGGAAGACAGUUCUUAUGGAAAUCGAUACUUCGUGUACUAGUUUUAUUCGAUGCUGUGGCGGUGUUUCAGCAAAUGACUUUAUUUGUCAAACAAUUAGUACUUUGAUAGGGCUUCCAUUACAAAGGCUCAGUCGCCCAAGCUUUGCAUCUGCGCGUGGUGUGGCCAUGAUGGCAGGAAUUACAUGUGGUUUGUGGAGCAGAAAUGACAUGCAGGACUUAAUUGAGAUUGAAAAAAUAUUUCUUCCCGAAGAUCGUAAUCGUCUUGAUCUAAUCAAAAAUUAUGAAAGGUGGCACUCAGCCAUGCAAAGAUGUCUUAAUUUUUAUGCCUCGUAA